UCCAACGCUCGCUGCUUCUAACGGGCUUCAUAAAUCAAACAUCUGUUAAACGUGUCCUCUAGCCGUCCGGCCCUGCUUUCGCGGCCGUAGCAAGCCAGAACUACCGUCGUGGUUCACGGAGAAGCAAGACUUAGUUCCCUUGCGAAGAGCUCCUUCUCCUUCUCGUCGUCAGGAAUGCAUUGCAUACAUAUAAUAUAAUGGUGGCUGAUGCUAGCGGCCAGGGGGGCUUCCAAUUGAUGAUGCAGCCUGAAGAGAAAAUAGGGGAAGGGGAAGAUGAAAAAGACAAAAGUUCAGCCGGAGUCCACCUCGAUGGUGCAACCUGAAGAGAAAAUCGGUGAAGGAGAAGAUGUGAAAAAUAGAGAAGAUAAUAUAAGCCGGGACUCCGGUGGUUUCUCAAACAGCUAUGGGACUAAUCUUUCCCUUUAUACAACUGAAAAAAGGUGGUACAGGGUAGGCUUGUUAGAGAUGAAUGAACGUGAUGAGCAGGUAGCUUUGCUGUUAGACGUGCUUAAAUGUAUCUGUUUGUUUCAAGCUUACAUGACUUAUGCACAGGCUCAAAAAUUCCAUGCUCAGGAAGAAGUUAAGUAUGUUGCAAUUGUUUCACCGAGUGACAAUGUUCAGUCUGCAAAACGAACCAAGUCCGGAAUUUUGGAGGGUAGACCAAAAUCGAAGAAAUAAAAGCUUAGCCUAGCAUACUCUCGGACUAGAGACAAAACAAGGAAAAAUGGAGGUAUAAUGAAGAUUUGGAGCAGGUGCCUAAAAUAGAGGAUUAAGAGGAGGAAGACUUCUUAGGUAUCACUUUACACUGAUGUUAUAAAGUUUUGGAUUUUUUGUUUCCCUUCCUCUGUUGCUUAUGUGUUUGUGGUUUUUGGUAGUUUUUACCUCUCACAACUUUGGAAUUUAAGUUUGUGUUGUUUUAUCAUUGAUUGAUUGUUCUCUCCUUUGUUCCUUUAUUUAACCAUCGCGUUUACAGAGGAUGAUUGCAGCAGUGAUUUCAGUGGUUCUGAUGACAGGUACAAGGGUUAUUAUCGUUUUGAUGAGUUUGGGAAAAGGGUUUGUUUUAUCUUUUUGUUGCUUUUAAUUUAUUAGGUGUAAAUAGUGAUGUUGAGUUGUUUUAUUGUUUCUACUCUUAAAAAGUGAUUAUGCUCUUUGCCUCCUUUUCCUGCAAUUUUCUCCACGUGGCAAUGGAAAAUUGGUUUUCACUAUAUAGGAUCUGGAUCUUUUAAUAGGUUCUUAUUGGCUAUAUUUAUUGAUUUAGGUGUAGUCUGUUGAGUUUGUGCCAUUUAUUCAUAAUGUGGAUUGUCAUAUUAUUCACUUUCAUUUCUCAUGUUUUCAAAGAGCAUAUGAUUGACAGUAGCGUCAUUGCUGUACGUUGUGAAAUGGCUGUGGUACAAAGUAUGGUUGGUAGAUGAGAAAACAGAGGAUGAUCAGGUAGCUUUGCUGCAAGUUGUGCUUGAAUGGUUUGCAGAAGUGUUUCUUUGGCUUGACUUUAUUUAAAUGAUAGAUUGAAUUAUAUGCUAUAUUGAAAUGUUGUGCUUUGUGCAGCAGGACCAGUCUGAAAUUGAUUCUAUUUAUAAUUAUUACACUCCUGACCUGUUUAAUGCUCACAUGACUGAGGAAGAGGCCGAUAGAGUUGAUGGUUGGUUUCUCUACCCUAUCGUGUUGAUUUUGCCCUUGGACAAAAUACCUGUGUGUUAAAGUUUGUUUGAGUUGGUGGAGCCACGUAAGUUAUGUCAUAGUCCUUAAGUAGGACUUAGGCUGUCUUGUAAGUUGAUGAAAGUGACCAGGAGUGGCGUGUAAUGUUCAUGACAUUGAUUAUUCUUCAGCAACGUUUGAACAUUCUUAAUUUCCUUUCUUUUCUCUUUCA